CAUGGGGCCCACCGUCAGAGGUUGCUGAAGGCAUGCUCUUGCUUUAAGACUUCACCUGAGUGCACAGAUCUCCAGUGGAACUAAACCGUGCGCAGAGGAAUUUUUAUUGUGAAACUCCUGUGCUAACUUUCUUCCUUGACCGCUCCACACUUGCAUGGAUUAUAGUUCUGGUCUCCUGCACACAGAAAAGUUCUGAUCUGCUGGGAGCAGAGAUGGAGAGCGAGGAGGAGUGGAAGAUCUCGGUAUGGCUGUGCCAGGAAGAGAAGCUGGUUUCGGGGCUCACCAGACGCACCACUUGCGCCGAUGUGGUUAAAGUCCUGCUUGACGAUCACAACGAGAAGGAGCCUGAGGAAGGGUCCAUGCUGUUGGGGCCUCCUCACUCUUACUGCAUUGUGGAAAAGUGGAGGGGCUUUGAGAGGAUACUCCCCAACAAAACUAAAAUAUUGAGACUUUGGACUGCCUGGGGAGAGGAGCAGGAGAACGUGCGAUUUGUGCUGGUUAGGAAUGAGGCCUCGCUGCCUAAUAUAGGACCCCGAAGCGCUGAAGCCAAGGUGGUCCUCAGCAGGGAUAGCCAAUGUCCUUUUAGAGGAACUACAAAAGCCACAACGGCCCUGACACAAGAAAGGCAGCGCAGGGUAGUUAAAAAGGCUUUCCGAAAAUUGGCCAAGAUGAACAGGAAGCGGCAGGAGAGUUUUUCCAGAGAUUCCAACACAGUGGAGAAGAUGGAAACGCUGGUACAUAUGGUUCUCUCCCAGGAUCACACCAUCCGUCAGCAGGUGCAGCGGAUCAAGGAUCUGGACAGAGACAUAGAAAGGUAUGAGGCUAAAAUCCAUUUUGACAGGAUGAAAAAACAUGGGGUUAACUAUGUCCAAGAUACAUACCUGGUCCCUGACAAGGCUUGUGACAGCAGUAAAGAAGACGAAGGUUCUGCAGACCAACUUUUUGUUGACUAUGAGGACUACGCUCAGAAAUGUGAGGGGGUCCUGUUACUUCAGGAUCAAAUAACACAGCAGGAGGAAUUGAUUGAGGAGAUUACUGCCCAGAUCCAAGAGGAGCUAAAUAAAAGGUGGAUGGACCGGCGUCAAGAGGAACUGUCCUCAAAAGAACAGGAGACGGACUCUACAAGCGGCGACCUUGUGGACUGUGAAAAUGAACUCUUCCUUGAGCAAGAGAGGGUUAAAACGGAGCUCAGUACCAGUCUCUACAUAGGACUAAGGUUGAACACAGACCUGGAGGCUAUGAAGGCCGAUUUGGAGUACACCCAAGAAGUGUGGAAUGAGAAAGAGAAUGAACUGCAAAGUCUUUUGCAGAGUCUGAGUGCCGUGGAACUUUCUGAUACCCAGGAGAGCUCUGAGGAGCACAGUCCAGGUUGUUCCGAAGUGGUAGAGAGAAGCUCUGUCGACAGUCCAAGAGUAUGGGUUGAGAAAGAUGUGGAAAGGUGUACAAACUGCGAAGGGAACGAUGAAGAUUCAGACACGGGAUUAAGUUCCAUGCAUAGCCAGGACUCGGAUUCUGCACAAGUCUGUGAAUCUUUGGUAUAGCUGACAUUCCCCGCUGAAGCCUCAGGGGCACGGGGAAACAAACUCUAUUUAAUUCCUGACGUUGGAAGGUCCAACUUGGUAUCUUUAUCAACAGAUCACAGUCACAAUUGAACUUUCCAAUGCUUAACAGUUUCUAUUUGCACAUCACUGGCAAGCACAUUUGAAACUCUGGGAAACUCUUCCCAUGGAAUGUGAGGUUUAUUUUAUACUCUGACUGUAACUUUUCUAUUAUAUUUGCGCAAUAUAAUGCACAAAAAA